AUGGCGGAUGUGGAAUCACUAGAAGGUACUUACAAAAUGAUUAAAGCGUCAUUUGAUGCAAUUCACAAGUUUAUAGCAGAAUUCUGUGAGGGUGAUAAUAUUAAGGCACUUUCAGUUCGAAAACAGAAACUUGUGGAACGAUGCCAUAGUUGGGAUGAGACAUAUGUACAGCUUAAUAGUAUUUCCCCAGGUGUGUACACUACAGAAUAUUUAAGGUACUCUGAUUUAUAUUUCGAUAUGAUGGCGGAUAUUGAAACUAUUAUUGACCGCCAUCAAAAACCGGCUACAAAAUCAUCUAACACUUUGAUGGAUGUGAAAUUGCCAGACAUUGUCUUACCUAAAUUCAAUGGGGAAUAUAGUGAAUGGACAGCAUUCAUUGACAUUUUUAAUUCGCUGAUCCACAAUAAUUCAAAGCUUUCACCUGUACAGAAAUUGCACUAUUUGAAAGGUGCUCUCACUUCGUCGGCAUUUGAAUUAAUCUCUACAAUAAGUAUCACGAAUGAAAAUUAUGAAAUAGCAUAUAAUUUAGUUGUGAAAACCUUCAGUAAUAAAUUAUUGAUCAUCAAUGCUCAUUUGCAGAGCAUUGAAAACAUUCGAAGUAUUCACAAAGGCUCAUUUGAAAAUUUGAGAGCCCUUUUAAAUGGUGUAAGGCAACAGGUGCAAUCUUUAAAAGCUUUCUUUGAACCCGCAGAGCAUUGGGACAUUGUCUUGCUGCAUAUGUUGAGCAGAAAGCUUGACAGUAGUACGAAGGUGGCUUGGAAUCUGUCUCGAGCGUCAGGGCAGUUACCUACAUUGGUUGAGUUCUUUACAUUUCUUGAACUUAGGGUAACUGCUCUUGAGCAUUCGUGUAGUUCAGACAGCAAACCAACCAUCACGAAGUCAGUUCACACAAUUGUCAAGAAACCUGCUCAAUUAUGCUCUCAUUGCAAGGAAGAUGACCAUAUGCUCUAUCAGUGCUCUUCCUUUAAGGCACUUGAUAUUAAGGCACGCAAAGCCUUUAUUAAUAAACUUUCCAUCUGCUCGCGUUGUUUGGCUUCUCGGCAUAAUGUGGCUAAAUGCAAAUUCAAAUAUACGUGUACAAAAUGUAAAGAACCACACAAUGCUCUGUUGCAUGAGGAAUCUGAGCCCAAGCCCAGUACUUCUAGUAGCACAGUAUGUAUGGCCAGUACAGGAAUGCAGACUUUGUUGUCAACGGUUUCUCUUGUUGUUAUUGACUCAGAUGGAUCCCAACAUAAGGUACGGGCUUUGCUUGAUAGUGGCUCGCAAAUUAAUUUAAUAACGACUUCCUUACUUGCCAAGUUAAAAUGCCCGGUCAGCUCGUCAUUUCAUAAGUUAAGUAUGUUGCAGGGGCAGAGUGUGCUUUGUGAUAAGUCUGUCAAGCUGACUAUAAAAUCAAGGUUAGGAGUCUUUGCGCGCACUAUCAAUUGUGUGGCUGUAGACAAAAUUACACAAUUGUUACCGUCUGCUUAUAUAGAGUAUGAUGGCUGGAAGAUUCCAGACCAUGUUUCGCUGGCAGACCCCAUGUUUAACGUUCCAGGUGCAGUUGAUAUGCUGAUUGGAGUUGAACUAUAUUUUGAAGUUUUGCAGCAGGGGUGCAUUCGCUUAGGAAAUCAUCUUCCCAUUCUUAGGAAAAGUUGCUUCGGGUGGCUGAUUUCUGGUGUUUACACAUCAGAAAUGCAGAGCAGUGCACAUGUUGGCUUCAUUUCCAAUGAAGAUCUUCAUGAUAGUCUGACAAAGUUCUGGCAGUUAGAGGAGGUAUCCUCUAAUUAUACAAUGACUGGGUCAGACAAAGCAUGUGAGGAUGAUUUCAUUGCAAAUGUAGCUAGACUUGAGAAUGGGCAGUUUGAGGUGGCUUUGCCAUUUGUAGAUAACCAAAUAGAUAAGCUGGGGUCGUCAUUCGCUGUUGCCAAAUAUAAAUUUUUGAACCUGGAGAGGCGGUUUGCCAAGGACAAUGCCUUGUUCACGGCCUACUCUAAUUUUGUUAAAGCUUACAUCGACUUAGGUCAUGCUGAGGAGAUGGUGCUGACACUGGAGGAAGCUGCUAAGAAUAAGUACUAUUUUUUGCCGCAUCAUCCAGUGGUCAAAGAUAAUAACUUUGACAAAAUUAGGGUAGUGUUUGACGCAUCGGCCAAGUCAACUUCAGGCAUAUCUCUAAAUAAUAUUCUGCACACAGGACCGAAGCUGCAACAAGAUUUAUUUUCUAUUCUAGUUCGCUUUAGGUGUCAUCAAUUUGUUUUUGUGGCAGAUAUUAUAAAAAUGUAUCGGCAAAUAAGAGUCAGGGAAGCAGACCAAAAUUAUCAAAUUAUCCUAUGGAGGGAAACACCCCAGGACACCCUAAAAUUCUUUAAAUUGACUACAGUGACUUAUGGCACUGCUAGCGCCCCGUAUUUAGCUAUGCGCUGUUUGAAGAUGCUUGCGCAAAAUAAUAUGACAACAUUCACACAGGCAGCGCUGGCUAUAGAAGGGGACUGCUAUGUAGAUGACAUAAUCACUGGAGCAGAUUCAGCUGUCGAAUUAGUUAGGUUGCAAAGGGAUGUUGUUGAACUUUUAGGUAAAGGAGGCUUUUCCUUACAUAAAUGGUCUAGCAAUUGUAGAGAAGUGUUGAGGUCAGUACCUAAAGAAAAUCAAAGUUCUGCCAUGGCGUUAUUUUCUGAGGUAGACACUGUCAAAACCCUCGGUCUUGCAUGGAACCCCUCUCAGGAUUGCUUCAAAAUUUUGCAUGUUAAGGUAGGGGAGACGGAGGUUAGAAAGGGUUUUGACACAAAACGGUCGGUACUGUCCACCAUUGCACAGAUCUAUAAUCCCAUUGGUCUUAUUUCUCCAGUAUCUGUGACAGCUAAGUUGAUUAUGCAGGAGUUGUGGAGGCAGAAUCUUGGCUGGGAUGAGUCUUUGCCACAAGAAUUGCAAGAUAGAUGGGUACUGUUCAAAAGGCAUCUCGCUGAUUUGGACAACCUUAUCAUCCCACGAAAGAUCUUUGAUUCAAUUCCUGUGACGAUCCAAUGUCAUGGAUUUUCAGAUGCAUCAUUAUAUAUGCAUAUGGUGCUUGUAUAUACCUUCGAGCUACCUAUGCAAAUGGCACAACGUCUUCGAGAUUGCUUUGCUCGAAGUCUAAGGUAG